GGUUAUGCGGUCGUCAUCAUCAGCCAUUGUCCCGAUGAACCAUCUAAAGACAAAGCUAUAACAUUCGGCAUGUGUUUGGACGCGCCCGGUCUGCGAGGAACUCACGGUGUCGAGCUUCUCCCUGAUGAUAAGAUCGCUAUAGCAACGACUUCAUAUGAACCAACUGGAAACAUCAAGAUCGUCAACGCAUCCUUGGAUACAUCAAACCCAUAUCCAGACUUCCUUCAGGAGCUUGAUGGUCUCCCCGCGGUCCACAGUCUCGUAUGGGACCAAGUAACAAAAAGCCUUUGGGCUGUCGGGAAUGACCUACCUCCUCAAGGGAAGUGUCCCUCGAGAGCUCAGAUGAAUCGCUACGAGUAUAGAGAUGGUUCAUUCUCUCGAAAGCCCUCUCAAGUCGAGGCCAUCGGUCCUCCAAAAAUGCUCAACGAGGAAUGGGACGAUACAUGGUGGGAUGGUGGCCAUGAUAUUACGCCUGUGCCUAACCAACGCCUUCUCUUGAUCUCUACAGACCUGGAUAUGCACCUCUUCAAUUUGACUUCAGCCUCAUUUCUGCACGGAACUGAAGUGUUGAAGCAGCCCUUCCUGCAGGGAUUCAAGCCAGUUUCCUCUCAUGAGAAGCACCUGCCUCGAGCCGGUAUCAAGUCAUUGAGCUUGCACAAAAGCUCUGGUACACUUUAUGUACAAGCUGAUUGGCAAAAGUAUUUUUCAACUCAAGUCAAUCAUCUUGCAUACGGAGCGAAGGCUCCAGGGGCCAUCUCGUUCUCGCAAUCGGUAUACCGUUCUCGUUGGUUUUCACUCGUGCCUGUUUGGUCCGUCGAGUAGCAUUUUAUAAGAAG